AUGACAAUCAGCAUAGGCGGCUCGGAUCUUUCGUCUGAACCGAUAUCAGUGAUUCGAGUGCCCGAAGAAAUCAAACGAACACAACAGAUUCUCAUAUUUCUCAUCUCAAUUCUUCUGACUAUUCAUGUAAUCAUUUUUAUCGUGGUUAUUUAUUCGUUAUCGAUCAAUUAUCGAACAAAUACAUUCGAACCGAUUAUUAAUCUUUGCUGGAUCCUAUUCUUCGCGAUUGGACUGUUUGUUACACAGAGAUAUUAUGUUAUGGGGUUAUUCAUUUUCGCAUGGUUAGGAAUCCUAAAUAUCGUCUUAACAUGCAUGUUGAUUGUAUUCGUCACAGUAGCAAUUGUUAUCAUCACUUCUCAAUCAUCAAAACUGAAUAAUGGAAUACCAUUUACUAUCAUUCCGAUUGUUGCAUGUUUGACAAGUGUCAUACUCGACGCAAUUGUUGUCAUAUUCUCAUUCAAACUAUGGUAUUUGAUCAUCAAAAAUCAACGGCCGACAAAUCCGCAUCAUGUUUGA